AAUUUACCAAACUUCAACCAAACUGUUGAAGAUGAAAAGAAGCGAGUAAAAAUCCUUGAAGAACGCUGUCUUCAAACUGAAGGACCAGGAGUAUGGGAAUUAUUAGGACCCGUAUUAACCAAAUACGUAGAUACUUUUCGCGAAAAAGAUGAAUAUGCAACCCAUGUAGAUCCAAAAAUCAUAGAACCAGUUAAAAUAAUAUUAAAAGAAGGAGUAGAUGAAUCAAAAAUACCAUGGAAUGUGAAAGCACAAAAGAAAUGA